AUGAUGAACCUCGACACACGCUCGAAUUUUACCUGCCGUUACUGUAGCUCCCCUACAUGCUGUACAAACACCCAACAUUUCGGACCGAAAGAAUGCGCAUCGAAAUCGUCGAAUCAAGUAAACUUUUCCGAUCGGAUGAAGUUCGGUCAAUUGCCAGCUGCAUCAAUGGAAGAAUUGUUCCCCAGCCCGCGCCUCUGUGAUUCGACCGCUUGGCGCGCACCCUGCCAAAAGGCCUCCGUUGCUACAAGCAUAUCAAGGAAAGAUGACCUCAUUGCUUCUGCGUGCAUUCUUGGCUCUUCACCAUCAUCACUCAAUCAAAAUCAUCCCCCUUGGGCAACCCCCCGGAGCUUCUAUGGGGUGUUCGCUACGUCGGUAAUGUUCACAAGCCAUGCCUUUACGGAACAUGGACCACCACAUCGCCUAAACAAAACGCUGAGUCCAGGGGACUUCGGCGGUGAAAGACGACGACAUGCCCGUGCCGCAAAUGACCGCUGA